UUAUUGCAAACGAAAAAAGAAAAAUAAAUAAAUCAGACGACUUCCUCUUUCGAUCUCUCUUAUUCGCAUUUUUCCCCUUUCGCAGAAACCCUAAAUCGGAGCCCUGAGAUCGACGAAAUGUUGCGAGUCGCCGGGAGGAGAUGCUCUUCAUGGUGGUCGUCUACUCCGGCUUCAUCCGCCAUCAUCUCUCGCAAUUCAAUUACCGGAUGCGGCGUCGUUUCAACGUCGGAUGAUUCCAGAUCCGUUUCCGAUUCAAAUCCAUCUUACCUCAAUUCCAUGUUUCUUCAACAUAUCAGAGGUCUUUCUACUGGUUCAGUUGCUCCAACAAACGACCUAGGUUUUCAAGUCCCUCCUACCGUUGCCGCCAUUCAGAACCCAACAUCCAAAAUCACUUACGAUGAGUACAACCACGAACGAUAUCCACCCGGUGACCCCAGCAAACGCGCAUUUGCAUACUUCGUGUUGACUGGUGGGCGUUUCGUUUACGCAUCACUUAUCCGUCUCUUGGUACUCAAGUUUGUUCUCAGCAUGUCCGCAAGUAAAGACGUUCUUGCCCUCGCUUCCCUCGAAGUUGACCUCACAAGCAUCGAGCCCGGGACCACGGUCACAGUCAAGUGGCGUGGGAAACCAGUUUUCAUCAGGCGUAGAACCGAAGACGACAUCAACUUAGCCAACAGUGUUGAUGUGAACUCUCUUAGGGACCCACAGGAGGAUGCGGUUAGGGUUAAAGACCCAGAGUGGCUCAUAGUUGUUGGGGUAUGUACCCAUCUGGGUUGCAUCCCGUUGCCGAAUGCAGGUGACUUUGGUGGUUGGUUCUGCCCGUGCCAUGGGUCCCACUAUGACAUAUCUGGAAGAAUCCGGAAGGGUCCGGCUCCUUACAAUCUUGAGGUGCCUACUUAUAGCUUCUUGGGUGACAAUAAGUUGCUGAUAGGGUGAGAAUGCUAUAAGCAAGGGUUAGUAUAAAGAGUGCUGCAAUAAAGCAUGACUAUUGGUUUAAUUUUGUUAUAAAUUUUCUUUGAAUUUGUAUCAGAAUUUUGUAUGUGCUGCCCCUGAGUUUUGAAUAAGGCAGCAUAAGGUGUUUUAUGUGUUGGGAAUAACUGAUGUUGUUGUGAUUCCCAAUUUCUCAUUUUGAUUCCAGGACUGGUUUCUUCCGCAAGCUAAUAUCCUCGUAUAACAUACAAUUGACA